AUGAGUGACGAAACCAUCCCCGAGGAGGUCUCCUCGCUCCCUGCUGAGAGCCAGCAUUACUUUGACCGAUUCUCGGAAGAUGACCCUGAGUACCUGCGCAUCAGGAACAUGGCUGCGGACCUGCGCCAAGACUUCAACCUGAUGGAGCAGAAAAAAAGAGUCACCAUGAUUCUGCAGAGCCCCUCUUUUAGGGAGGAGCUGGAGAGCCUCAUCCAAGAGCAGAUGAAGAAAGGAAACAACUCCAACAUCUGGGCCCUUCAGCAGAUAGCCGAGUUCAUGGCCACCACGGCUCCCUCCGUCUUCCCUCCAUCGCCCUUGAACCUUUCCACAGUGACCCCGAUCAAUGACCUCCAUAGCAUGGACUCUGUGUCCUUGGCCAAAGGGGAGCGGCUCAUGCGCUGCAAAGUUGGCGGUGUCUACCGGUUGCUGGACCUUUAUGGCUGGGCACAGCUCAGCGGCACCACAGUCACGCUGAGAGUCAGCAAAGAACAGGAGCAUUUCCUGGUUUGUCCCGAAGGCCUCUCCUGUCAUGAAGUUACAGCAUCCAGCUUGAUUAAAGUGAACAUCCUGGGGAAGGUGGUGGAGCAAGGCAGCACCAGUUUUCCAGUCGACCCCCGAGGAUUCAGCCUGCACUCGGCCAUCUACGCGGCUCGGCCUGAUGUGAGAUGCAUCAUCCAUCUGCACACACCAGCCACGACCGCAGUCUCCGCAAUGAAACAAGGCCUCUUGCCAAUUUCCCAUGAUGCAUUGCUGGCAGGUGACAUGGUGUAUUUUGACUUCAAUGGUGAGAUGGAGGGAGAGGCAGACAGAAUUGAGUUGCAGAAAUGCCUUGGACCCACCUGCAAGGUUUUAGUGCUCCGGAAUCAUGGCCUGGUGACCCUUGGAGACACAGUGGAAGAAGCCUUCUACAAGGUCUUCCAUUUGCAGGCGGCCUGUGAAGUCCAGGUCGCUGCCUUGUCUAGCGCCGGUGGACCUGAGCAUCUCAUCCUCUUGGAGGGAGAGAAACAAAGGCCUCACGAUGUGGGUCUGGUCCGGUGGGCUGGCAGCACCUUUGGGCCCAUGCAGAAGAGCCGCCUGGGAGAGCAUGAAUUUGAAGCACUAAUGAGGAUGCUGGACAAUCUAGGCUACCGGACUGGCUAUGCGUACCGCUACCCAUUUGUCCAGGAGAAGACGAAGCACAAGAGUGAGGUGGAGAUCCCAGCCACUGUCACGGCCUUCGUCUUCGAGGAGGAGGCCGGGCCCAUCUCCACCCUCCGGCAACACGCCCAGAAGCAACAGAAGGAAAAGACCCGCUGGCUGAACACGCCCAACACUUACCUGCGUGUGAAGGUGGCCGAGGACAGCCAAGGCAGCGCCAGCGGCCAGAGAUCCAAAGCCACGUGGAUGAAAGCGGAGGACGUGGAGAAGUCCAGCAGUGGGAUGUCCAUCCGAAUCGAGAACCCCAACCAAUUUGUGCCUCUCUACACAGACCCUCAAGAAGUCCUGGAAAUGAGGAACAAGAUCCGAGAACAGAACCGCCAGGAGGUGAAAUCGGCUGGACCCCAGUCCCAGCUGCUGGCCAGCGUGAUCGCAGAGCAGAGCAGGAGCCCGUCUACCGAGAGUCGUUUGGCCGAUGGAGAGGUGAAGGAUAACUCUGGCGUGGAGGCCUCUCUUGAGCCCGAGCCCCCCAACCCCUUCAGCCAGCUAACCGAUCAGGAACUAGAGGAAUACAAGAAGGAGGUGGAAAGGAAGAAGCUGGGCCUGGAUGGGGAAAAGAAGGACAGUGGCCCAGAGGAGGAAGGGACAUCCCCUGAAGAAUCCACCCUCAGCGUUCCCGAAAAGAGCCCCACAAAGCCUGGGGCAAUGAGCCCUGCCGGGUCUCCCUCCAAAGCUCCGGAAGAUGGGAAGAAGCCGGGCAGCAGCCAGGGCCCUGCUGAUGUUGCCGCAGCCGACAAAGCUGAGCCGGAGGCGGUGGAGGUCAACGGGAAAGAGGACGAGCAAACGGUGGAAGAGCACCUCAGCAAGGGGAUCAGCCAGCUGAACACCAAUGCAGACACCCCCGAGGGCCCAAAGGACAAAACCGAGUUGGUCACCAGUGGGCCCGUGAGCCCCGAAGGCUCACCUUCCAAAUCUCCCUCCAAGAAGAAGAAGAAAUUUCGGGCCCCCUCCUUUCUGAAGAAAAGCAAGAAGAAAGAGAAGGCAGAGUCCUGAGUCUUCCCUCUCCCCACACACACAGGCCGCCUCUUCUUCUCGCCUCUUCUCCCCUUCCUCCUCUUGCCUUCUGCUGCCCCCUCUGAUCUCGCUGCGACAUCAUGAGGAUAACAGGGGAAGCUUCCCCAGCAAUGGUCCAUCUUUUAUCAAUGCCCCCAAGAGGAGCCCGGCUUGGCAUGGCGCUCCUCUCGAGGCUGUCUCGUGGAGCCUUUGGGGAAGACAAGAAGCACCCGUGGCAUCUUCCCUCUUCCACCCGUGUCUGUGGAGCCACAGAUGCAACCACGCCUGAGAGAAAUCUGUGGGCAUCUUAAGUUCCGUGUGGGAGGGAGUGGGUGCAUUUCACAUACCCAUCAGCCACUUCUAGCCUGCUGCUCUUGCACAAAGGAGGGAAGCCGUGGAAUGCCGUCUAAGGGCUGCUUGAAGGCCCGUGGGUGGCCCUGAAGCAGGAGGGGGCUUGCACCCGUGUGGGCAGGGGUGCUUUUCACACUUGUUAAAUGGCCACAUCUUCCCUGAUGAAAGUUGUUCUGAACUUCAGGAGCAGAAGGAUGCUUGCACUGCAGCCGCAGCUGCCAGAGAAACCUAAUAUUUAUUGUGGGAUAAUCUGACCAGGAGGCCUUCCAGCACCCCCAGCCUCCUUUACCUGCAACAGGAUGGCCCCAAAGGCCUUAGGAGACUUAGGUGGGUACUGUGGGGCAGCACUCCCAGAGACGGGGGGUGGCAGCAAGCAGUUCCCAUCCUGGAUGGUCGCAGGAAGAGUGCCAUCUCCCAGAGACCCCCUCUGAGCAGCCCCCCUGAAACCACGGACAGAAGCAAAUCUGGGUGAGUGGAUGAGGUGUGGAAAGGGAAGGCAGCGGGUUCCGUGAGUGCUGGGGACCCACCACUUGCGUGUCUGCACCAGGUGUCUUGAGUUGGGGCAGAUUCUGAGUUGCAUCGAUGAGCUUCCCAACUCCUCAUCUGCAAUGGGAAAAGUGGGCAGCUGUGAUACAAAACCCUUAGAAGGUGCCAGAUUAGGCUGCAGUUGGGCUGCAAGUUCCUUGCUGCCCGGCCCAUUUUUGAGAUCGAAAGGUUCCCUCUCAGGUAGACUGCUGAGUCUCUUUUGACACGCCAUCCAAAGGGAACCAUGGAACCCCCUUCUCGAGGGGUCUCAGGUGGGUCAGAAAUCUGGAGUUCACCUCACCUGCAUCGCAUCCAGCUAUUAUUCCAUGUCAGUCACCUAAGUUCUACUGUGUCCAUUGGGAAUAUCAAGAGCAAAGAACACACAUGCACGCACAUAGUUGCGCGCACACACACACACACACACACACUGCCAAUAAUAACUUGUGCAAUGAGUACUGCUGAAAUUGCAAUGGAUUAAGCUUGUAGAAGU